GGGGGUGUGUGAGGUGAGGUCUUGGCCAUCUGUAACGUCUGACAGUCCGCUCUGAGGAGUGUGUAACCUCUGGUCUCUCUUUGCUGGAGAUGUCCAUCAAUCUUCUCAUGACAGCAGAGCUACCCCGGCCACAGUUAUGAAAAUUAAACCAAACAUUUUUUUAAAAACACAUUUCCUAACAGAGAGCUUAUUAAUGUGUGUUCAAAUAGAUUGCAAAUGCAUAUUUCUGAUUCAAACUGAAAAUACAUGUGCUUCCUGUUCUUGCUGCUGAAGGUGGCAACAGCCUGACCAACAGUAUGUUGGGUAGAGUCUGUCACACCAAAAUUGGUAUAGUUAAGCAAUUUCUGUUAUUGAGAUGGGUGAUGCACAGACAAACUGAAUGGAAUAUCAUGUUUGUUCAGGGGCUGUGUGUUGAUAUUAUGUGAGACAGUAGUAGCAUAAAAUCAAGCUCAUCAAACGUUCUGUAGAUAUAAUAAGCCCUACUGGCAUAGGCCAUAACCUGAAUUGCGACAACGUUUACUUGUGUUAACAUGUUUACACCAGGGUGUGCACAUGUCGCUAGUACAGGCCCCCAAAACAAUUAAACGUGGGCAGAGUAUAACCGAUGUCAUUUCUGUGCUUGCAAAUCACCACGACGGACCCUGGAAAACGUCCACGGUGAACUAUAUCACUGAACUGCCAAAACGAACGGUCGGAAAUUUUGGAAUCCCGCAGCCCUAUUAGACCAUAUAAAAAUGUGCAUUCCGGGUUUCGGCUCGUUGUAUUACGUUUGCCCAUGUAGUACCUUUACAUUGAUUAUGCUAUUUAAUUUAUAUUCUAUAUGAGAUAUUUGGAUGACGCUCUUAUCCAGAGCGACCUUCCAGUGCGUGCCGAAUUAACCACACGAGUCGCAAUUUAAGAAAUUAGAGAAAGGUUUUGCUUUGUUUUUAAUGCGCAGAGAGUCAAUGAGAAAACACCUGUUUUGUGUACGAUUGCUAAUACAAGGACGCAGAAUACAGGAAUACCUCAGAAUUGCGUGGUGUCUCCUGUCACUCCUCAGCCAUCUUGUCAGCGCUCCAUCAUCCUGAUUAACGUCGUUGGCUGCGCGCUGUCAGGCCGCCUCCAAUGCGAGACGUGACGUCGCGUGGACAACGGUGAAGAAGUGGGUUAGGGUUGGCUUGUUCUCAACUCAACGAAACGAUGCUGCAGUACCCAAAGAUGGAAGUGCAUCUUUGCGGGUUUUAAUCAAUUUCUUGGACGAGAGCCCUGUGGUGCACGGUUUAUGCUUCCGGAAAGAUGUAAAGUACGCAAAAGAGGCUGAAACUGGAUUAGCUCCUAUCUGGCAAUCUUCCCUCAAAGGCAGAAAUGGGGAAAAUAGACUCAAAUAAUUUAUUUUACCCAUCUCCCAUACACGGAUACUGUUAGUAGACGGUUAUUAUACAAUAGUCAGAGUAAUGUUUUGCUUUGAAAACUACUAAUUAAUCAACAUUAAUUGAUAUGAUAUUUACAGAUUUUUUUUUUCAUUCAACAGAGAAAGUGUAGUUUGUGUUUUCAAAUGGCCAAAGAGUGUCCCUUCAAGUAAAAUCAUAUAUAGGUUCACCGUUUCCUACUCUUGGUAAUAUUUGUUUCCCGUCAUGCGUUUUUACGCAUAUGUGCCAUAGAUUUAAGUGUACUACAGGUGCAUGGAAAAUUACGGAAUAUUUACUCCAAGGACGCAAGAUAUUUCAGCGGCACCUCGUUACAGCCAAACAGCGUGAGUAAUGCGAGGGAAAGUGAUGAGUAAUUGAUCUAAAUGGUGUUGUAGAGGGAAAGCAGGCAUGAGAAACUGUGCGUUUCGGAAAAUCAGUUUCGAUAUUGUUUACGCCGAUACAGAAAUUUGUUUACAGCGCUCGUCUUCACUCCAGGUUGUACAGUGUUUAUUUAGUGUACGCUGCUAAUAGACACCAGGCAGCGGAAAGCCGCUGAAAAUAGGCUACUGCUGGGUAUUUAAAAUGCCAACAGAACAACAGGCAUUAGAGGACUAAUUAUAGUCCCAUUCGUAAAUAACGAGAUCCCAUAGAAAGUAAAGUAUUGCUGAAGGUAACUGGAACGUAAAGUUAUUCCUAGAAGCUAAACUUUUUAUUCUGAUUCCACUGCUAGGCUACCUGGAUACGAUUCGCGUCGGUCUUCUGGUUUAGUGUCACGUGACUGGAAUUUGACACCAGCUUUAAAUGAACAACUAAUAUCAGUCUUCGGACCAAGAAUUGGCUCAAAAAUCCGGUCGUAUGGGGGAGAGAAGGGCAGUUGUCUUAGUAAAAUGCAGCAUUGAAUAUUCUUUGGUUGAAGAUAGAACCUCUGGUGGUUUACUCGUACGCCCGCAGAACGCAUCCUCCCCAUUCUGUCCCAUUUAUCGGGAACAAAACGUGGGAAACAAGUCAGAUCUAUGGCGCGCAAGUUUAUUGUGGCAGCAGAUUUUGAUAAACUGGUUAUUGAAACUGGAAUCAUAUAGUUGUGACAUUGUGUUUGUAAGAAAUGUCAAUGCUCACUUGGGAAUAAAGUGCCAUCGCUUGUGGAUUGUUUUGCCUGCCCGUUUUCGACUGACUGCGUUGCUCAAUUUUCCACACGUACAUGUCAGGAAUCGGGAAUAUUGACACACUUGGCAAAGGAUUAACUGUUGAAUGACAAUUUUAAACGGUCUGCACAAGCAAGCAAAACGUUUUGGCCACGCGGAGGGAGGCGCUUUCUCAUCUUUUUUGAUUACCUAGUCUGAAGACUUGAACUACUAAAGAGUGACGACCUACCCGAAAAGUUCAGAACGUGUGGACUAUGCUCCUGUAAAGGGGCUCUCCGUGUGGAUUCUUUUUACUGCCAAGAGAUGCUUAGCUGUCAAAGAGGAACAAGGGGAACAAAAGGUUCUAACCUUUCAAGAGCGCAAGCGGAUCGGACCAGCGCCAGUGGGAGAAAUGAUUGGGAAAGGUGGCGGGGACUGGAGGGGUCCACCAUGUCAUCAGCUGGUGCCCAGUGUCACCUGAAAAACUGGAAGGUGAUGCUGUGGGUGGUGGCCUCUCUCCUGGCGCUGGCAGAUGGUGUUCUCCUCGGGGGGGCCAGAAGGGUGGAGCCCAGCCCAGUGACUGCGCGAGUCCCAGAUAAGGUGGGCUGGCACCCUGCUGACAUCCCUGAAGUGGAGGAACUGGGUGAGGGAAGAGAAAUCCGCUCUGCGUGGGUUGGCCUUUUUGGGAAUCCGUCUCUAUCAGAGGAAGUGGAUGAGCAUCCAAGCCGGUGGGCACGUUCCCCGAACAGAUCCACCUCUCCCAAAACCUCGAGGAAAAACAGAAAGCCCAAAGGUAGCCGGGACUGCCGGAUAGAGAGGACGAUGAUCAGCGUUCGAGACCUGGGGCUGGGCUAUGACUCGGACGAGGUCAUCCUCUUCAAGUACUGCGUGGGCACCUGCGAGGACUCCCGCAAGAACUAUGACCUGGCCCUCAAAGCCCUGGUCAAGAAGGGGAACAUCUCAGCCAAGAGGCUGAGCGCCCGGCCCUGCUGCCGGCCCACCCGCUACGACACCGUGUCCUUCAUGAACGCCAACACCGCCUGGGAGACCAUCGACCUGCUCUCGGCCGCCAACUGCAGCUGCGUGGGCUGAAGGGCCCCGAGCCCGCCCUGCGAGCGAGCGAGCGAGCGAGCGAGCGAGCGAACGCCCGCUUGGAAGAGAAGGAGAAGCGGCGGCGGCGGCGGAGGCGGCUGCCGUUGGACAUCGAGGCCAAGGUCGGGAGCGGCGGGAAAGGAAAGGGAGUCUGGGACUCGGGCUCGCCGCAGUCCGCCAGCACGGGGUCUCCGCUCCAGGGUCCGAGAGCUUCCCUUCCCGCCUGCUGCACUGGAGAGCCGUGGGUUGUGAAUCCUCAGCAAUACUGGCGAAGAGAACUUGACGAUACCCCCGGGCUGAGUCCUUCCAGUUACUGCGGGAAGAGAGCGAGCAACCAUGAGCUUUCCCCAGGCGGAAGCUUUCUCGUCUCCAGAAGAGGAUGUCUAGGAAGUGGACAAUAUUGGUCCAUGUAUGGAAUCACUGUUAAGACAAGGCGUGUUAGGGGAUCAAAUCUGUGGAUGUGACCAGCUUUUCAAGAGGACCCGUCUUGGCAUUGAAGAAGGGAGUGAAAAGACAAAUUUUAUGGGUUGUGUACUUAAUUAUUCAGUGAUGCCAAGCUCCCUGUCCCUUUUGGAAACCGUUGACUGAAGAUACUGCAGAGGGCAACCACGAAGGGCUGCAACCACUCAAACUUGGAUUUUGGAUCCAUAGAACAGCACUCUUAUGAUCUUAAUAUUAAAAAUAAGUGAGAGGAUUGUUGGUUUCAGGGUUUUCAAGGGUUUUCUGAGCAGAAGAGUAGAGAGAGGAUAUGUCUGUGUCAAGCAGCAAACAUGCAUAGGGUUUACAAUGUUUUCAAUGAUCUAUGUGCUAUAAAUUAUAUUUAUAUGUAAGUAGUUUUGUCAAGUGAUGCUCCUUACCCAGACACUUAUAAAAUGUAUGUGUGUCAAGUAAUUUUCCUACUUUGGCAGAUCAUCCAUAGAAUAUAAGUGACAGCUCUAAGCAAUUUGGACAUAAAGAUGCGGUGAUUCACUGAUUCCAUUGAUAGCUAUUUCUACUCUCGUUAUUACCUGAGGCUAAAUCAAGUGGUGUUGUGGUGGCCGAUGACAUUAAACACCAUAUGUCCCCAAUAAGUACAUCACUGAUCUGUUCACCUUUCUUUGCUCCUUAAAGUCGUAAAGGCUUGCUGCUGGUAGUCAACUGAAUUUCAAAGUUAAAAUUAUACUUACCGUACCAAGUAGUACUUUCUAGCCAAGUGAACAGAGACUCUGUAAAUGAGGCUGUUUGUGGCUCUAUAAUGAUGCCCAGUACAUAUCCAGACUGUAGAAACUUCAGCAGCCACUUUCAUUAAGGCCAGUAGGUCAAAAAUAUAUGAGGAGUUAUGUGUUGGUUAUGCAUUGUAAUAGGGGUAAUAGGGAAGGGGCUGUGAGUCACUGCACCACAGGAGUCACGUUUCGUGACCAUUGAUGGCAAUUAACACAUUCUGUGAAGAGAAAGCCUUUUUUUGUUUACUUUCACGUGGCUCGUCCAUAAAUUCAGAUUGUACUGAAUGAGUGUUUUAUGCAGUCAUCCUAAUCUGUCUGUGCAGACGUAUGGCUCUUAGAAGUACAUUCAUCUUGUUUUUUUUUACAUUUGGGUGUCAGUGGUACUGUGAAUAGAGUAAGCGUGACAUGAUUUUUGAGGGCCCAGUGGUGUAAAUGUAAAACUGCUUUUCAUACAACAGAUCAUGGUGGAUAAGCAAACUGUAGUUCAGAGUCAGGUUCUUUUGUUUAGCCAAAGUCAGACCUUAAAUAGAACAGCUGUACCAAAGCAAAGAAUCAAUCCUAUGUUUGGAUCUCCUCAUCUUUGUGAUUCAUAAACGUUCAGCUUAGAUCACCAUAAAUGAUGUGUUGCAGCAUGUCAUAUGAAAGGUAUUACCGUUCACUGGCAUCUGCCGUAUGUUGUGGUGGAAACAUUUUUGUCCAGUGGUUUAUUUUGAAUGCUUAACACAGGAGGGCUGAUUUCCAUUACUUAAAGGUUUGAGACUACAGAUAUUUGAAGUGUGUCCGGAUAGUAUCAGCUGCCUUCAACAGAAGCGCAGUUUUAAAAAGAUCAGUGCUUACAAAGCCAGGCCACAGAUAGUUCAAAGGCAAAUUCAUCUCAGUGAUCACAAUGUUUACAUGUCCAAACACAACAGUAUGGAAGUAUAAACAGGGUAAGAAGAAUAGUUUUAGUCGUUUUAAGGUCAGCAUAAAUAUAGUCAAUUAUUUCAUUUAUGCCAUUGUAAACCUAUAAAUGAAUAUAAAUAACUUGCGUUGUUUUGGUGGGAAAUGUUUCACAGGUUUAUUUUAUACAUUGUAUUUUUUAUGACUAAUGAAUAGAAUUGGACUUUCUUGUUCAUUCUCGUGUGCUUUCAAUGUCUUACCUAUAUUGAAGUUGUCUGUUCACGCAUUGAGCCUUACCUUGCCUUCGCUCCAUACAAACCCAAUUCAGCAACAGUCAUAGCGGAUAGCGAUUUUACAAUAAUGGGGCACACAAAACAGCACUGCUUUUUUUUCUCCGGGCUCAUCCGCCUUUAAUUCAUUCCUCUUUUUUUGGGGGGAAAAGCUGCUGAAGGUGUGGAUUUUGGGUAGAUGGGGAUGUACAAAUCACAUCUGACCGACAGAAAACUUUCUCUGGGUCAAGUAAAAGAAGGAACACACACACACAAGAGAGGGUGGGGUCUUCACUGUGCAACAGCUAUGUUUCAGUUAUACUUUCAGUAUUCAGUAUUUUGAUUUUCUUCACUGAUUUGAGUCUGCAGUAGCAGUUUGGCUAUGGGAAACAAAAAGGUAUUUACUGUCCGUGUCAUUAGAAAAAUAAAAGUGAAGCAUUUUUCUUCUUCGCCUCUCAAAGGUGAAUUAAGAUUUAAAAUGUUUUUGUUUUUCAGCCAGACUAUAUGAACCAUUGUUUAUUGGAUAUUGUAUAUUUUCCUUGGUUUCUCAGGAUUUAUUGGUACUGUAAUUCCUAAUGUUUUGCUUCAUCGUUGGAGGAGUCAGGAUAUACAUUGACCUCUUGUUUGUGUAACCCUUAAAGGUUGCUCCAAGACCUAUGUUAAAGUUAACUGAAAAUAUCACAUGUAGUUUUGUAGUCCAAGCAAAGAUAUGCAGCAUGUAUCACAUCGAAACACUUGCCAGAAAUUGAACCUUAAUUUAACAAUAGCACACUAAUUUCAUUAACUCCAGACACGUGGGUCGGAAUAAACAUUACCUGACUCUCCCAGCAUUUGACUGUCAGCUUAAACCCCACCCUGUUUUCAUGUUGGCUUGAUUGGGAACGUGUGCCCUCACUAUAAGGUUUUGCAAUGAAAAUGUGACGAGGGGGUUAAUGCUGUAAUCUAUGUUCAGUUGCAAGUGUCCCUCAUAAAACACUAUCCUGUGUCUACUGUAAGGAAGCUGAUCGGUCGGUGGUGGUGUGUGUCUUGUAAAUUGUGGCACACUACUACCCAGGGAUACACAAGCAAAUCAUACCUAGGGUUACACAAGCAAAUCAGCUGCAUUCAAAGUCAGCUUCCUGUACACCUUCCCUGUCAUUUAAGCACAAACUGAACAUCACUAUUGGAUGCUAUGCAUCUCCUCGCAUUUUUGUACCAUAGGGAAAAUAUUUAUUACAUUUAAGUUAUUUAUUUAUUAUCAUUUUUUUAAUGAAAUAUGUUCUCACAAAUACCAAAUGUCUAUUAUUUAUGAAGUGGCCAUUUAUAUUUUGGUUUGUUUUGCCAUUAGUCAUAUUGCAUUUAUCAUGUUUUUUUUCACUUUGUUUAAUGUGGAAGCAUUCAGCAAGACCCUUCCUGUCUAACAGUUAAAUCACAGUCAAAGAAGGAAAAUGAUUGACGUACAAGUACCCAUAUUUGGCAUUUUAAAAGCAGCUGUACCCACUGAACUUAAUGUUAACUGGUCAGGAAGCUGUGUCUAGCCUAUCCAAACUAUGUUUUAAAAUAUGACCUAAUGAUGGGAAUAUUAAAAAUAUAUGACUGUCGAAGCUACAUUCAUGUGUAUGGUCAGUGUGAGCAGCCUGUUCAGUUUUUAUAGAGAUCUGUGCUUAUACCUGCCAGUAUUACCUUCAGGGACCACAUAGUUAUGCUCCUUGACUCUGCCCAUUUGAGACAUCAAUGUUCUUGCUGUUCCUUAAAAUUUUAAGCUUCCAAUGUUACAUUGAAUAUGACACACAAUUUCUUGAAAAUAGGAAAGUAACAUUUUAACAGUAUUUCAAAACAAUGAAAAAAUGACUUUGUUGUUCAUAAAUAAACUGUUUUUUUAUUAUUAUUAUUAUUAUUAUUAUUAUUAUUAUUAUUAUUAUUAUUGACAUGUAUAAAAGGUCUUCUGAGCUCUAUUUUUGUACAAUAAAAUUUUUCCUGCAUAGGAAUAAAAUUUUCAAACAAUCA